AUGUUUGAAAUUGGGGACACAAGGGCAUCCGAGGAGGCAGUUGCUCUUGGAAAGGACGUGUUCGAGCCCAUGGACUGGAAGGCCUACGAGUCCCCGCAGGGCAAAGAGAUGGCCUACCACGUGAUCAAUGGCGGGACCCCUAAGGAGCUACACCUAAACCUGGAUGGGAAAAGGAGUGGUUGCGAUGCCGCCGUUGGUGAACUCGCGGCGCAACAGAUCCAAGAAGGGGGCACCGUCGUCGUCGAGGGGAGCAACGCCGACUCCCUCUUCAACAAUGAGUUCUUCGUCGAUGUCUGUACCGUUGGCGUCGAAGUUUCCCAAGGCGACCAGCAUCGUGAAGUCGCCAUGGACGGCACCGGGAUCACCUUUGGAGAAAGUACGCCGCCCAUGGUGGCGUCAGCCCUCAGAAGACUGCAUCAGAACUUGGGCCACCCACAAACAGGAGACCUGAUACGACAUCUUAGGCUCGCAGGAUGUGAUGGCCCUGUUCUCAAGGCGGCGCGCAGCCUUAAAUGUCAAGUAUGCGAUGCCAAUGUGGGUCCUAAGAUUGCUCGCCCGAGUGUGAUCCCACAACUUUGCGACUGGAACGACACCGUUGGCAUCGACCUCUUCUACGCCCAUGACUCGAACGAUGUGAAGCACACCUUCCUCUCGGCUGUGGACUACGGCACAACCUACCACCUUGCUGUCAGGGUGGACGGGCAGUCGGCGGACGACAUUGAGGCGAAGUUCAAUGAGAUGUGGAUAAUUCCCUUCGGCCCUCCCAAGAGCGUUGUCGUCGAUCUGGACGGUGGGGUGCAAGGGGCUCUCGGAAGGCUGUGCGAUUGGCACAACAUUGCCAUGAAGAGCAUCGCAGCCCAGAGCAGCAAGCCUGGUGGAAAAAACAUCUGGGAGAGAGUGACCUACCAACUCACCGUGAGCGACGACGAGGUGGACCUCGCCGUUCCUAUUGUCAACAGUGCAAAGAAUGACCUGAGGCGCCGCUGUGGACACAGUCCUUCGCAAUGGGUUUUCGGAAGGGCACCCCGUCUUCCCGAAGAUCUACAAGACCCGGACGGCGGCGAAAAGGUCACGUGGGACGGCAGCGACGACUCCAGGUUCCAGAGACAGUCAGCGAUGCGAGCGGCGGCCAGAGUCGCCUUUCACCGCAGCCAGAUCGACAGCCGGUUGCGGAAAGCCUUUCUUCAGAGGACUAGGACCACGCCGAGACCCCACGAAAUCGGCGAAAGUGUGCACUUCUGGCAUAAGCCCAAGAACCGGAGGAGAGGAAGCUGGACCGGACCCGCAGUCAUUGUCGGCAAGGAGGGCAACAACUACUGGAUAUCGAACAACGGUCGCUGCCGUCUGACCUCCCCCGAGCACAUAAGAGGGUCGACCCCAGAAGAGGUCGGAGCCUACCUCUCCAUGAGAGGAACGCAGCGAGAGGUUGAAAGGUUGCUGGAGUACGACCCCGACGGGAACGACGCCUUCGAAGAGGACGAGGAGGAUGUUGACCUCGACGAGCAGAUCGAGGAUAUGGAGCUCGAUGACGAGGAUGCAGUGAUCCUCGACCCCGCCAUGAACGACGAUGAGCUCCCUAUGCCGACGAGGAGGCUCAAGAGGAAGACGAAGGUCGCCAGGCUUGACGAGGACAACACCUACGAGUCCUACAUGCUCAGGAGCGACCUCACCCGAAGGGGGGUCGAAAAGCGCAAAGAAAAGGAGCUGAAAUGGAACGAGAUCCCAGAUGCCGUCAAGCACAAGUUCCACGAGGCCGAAAAAGUACAGCGGGAGGAACACCUGAGCUACGACGCGUUGGAGCCUCUCUCUACAGAGGCAAGCAACGAGAUCCGGGCUAGGAUUUCCAGCGACAGGAUCCUACGAUGCAGAUGGGCGUACAAAGACAAGAACUGGGCGAAGCGUCGCGAAGGAGAAGUCGAUGCACCAUGGAGAUGUAAGUCGCGGUUGGUUAUAGCUGGGCAUACAGACCCAGAUUUGGGCAACGAGCACCUCUCCACGGAUGCGCCGACUCUGUCAAGGAGCGGACUGGCCUGCCUCCUUCAGCUCACGGCGAACGGGCUUCUUCGGGAAGAUCAAUGGGGUCUUUCUGCGGGGGAUAUAAAGUGCGCGUUUCUGACCGGGAGCUACUUAAGCCGUGAACUGUAUAUGCACCAGCCGAAGACCGGGUUCCCAGGUAUGCUUCCAGGCCAGCUGGUUCGCAUCAAAAAGAACGUCUUCGGGCUAGCCACGAGCCCUCACGAGUGGUGGGGCGACCUUCAGGACGGCUUCCGCGAAGUGACUGUCCGCGAUGACUUUGGCGCGGAGUACAAGUUCGACCAGUGUGCCCUGGACCCUUGCAUCUUCAUGCUAAGAAGGUGGAGCGAUGGCCAGUUUACUGGGGCACCCGUUGCCUACGUGGGUUGCCAUGUGGACGACUUGUUGGUUGCUGCCCCUAAGAGCUUCAAGAAGAAGAUCGAGGACGGCCUCUCCGGGGUCUUCCCGAUUGACACCUGGGAGGAAGGCGAGUUCGAGUUCCUGGGCUCACAGGUGCGCGUCAACCACAACACCGUCGAGGUUCUCCAGGAGAAGUACGCUACUACCCGGUUGUUCCAGUUGGAUAUUCCGGUCGGUGCACCGGACGAGCAGCUGGCAAGCGACGAGCUGAUCAGUGACAAUCGCUCCUUGAUAGGAGCGCUGUCAUGGAUGUCGGCACAGAGUCGGCCGGAUCUGACAUGCUCAGUCAGCAUGGCGCAGCAGCUUCAGAAAAGCCCCACCAUCGGGGACCUCCGCUUCACCAACUCCGUGGCGACCAAGGCGACCCAGUUCAAGGAUCGCGGCUUGGUGUUCUACCCCAUCGACUUCGACCGGAUGAUGCUCAUUGUGUACCACGACGCGGCUUGGGCGAACGUUCCUGCUCCUGAUCCUCUCGAGGACUUUUAUGUGCUCUCUCACGAGGACGACCUGGCUGGGUUACAAAGCGAGGGGCCGUACGUGAACAAGGAGUGUGAUAGAAAAGCGAAGAAAGGGAGCUCGAAGGUGGCUUCCCAACUCGGAGUCCUGGUGACCUUCGCCGACAGAGGUGUGCUGAACAACGUCCCCGGCAACUACAGCAUUGCCGCCUGCGCUGAAGGCCUGGAAACUGGGCAGUACAUGCGCUCCAUGCUCGAGUCCCUCGUCUACGGCACCCUCGUUACCGUGGAGAAGGACGGGCUUUUCAUGUUUGAACACGAAG